AAUCCAAAUGGGAACCAACUGUUCUUAAUGAUGUAGAUGGAUCGAAACAAAAUGGUUUCAAGGUAAAGGAAGGAUAGUGUGUGGAGAUGGGCAUUAAAGUGGUGGCAGUGGUAUGUCCAAAAGGAGAGCUUCUCAACAAAGGCGAAAAGGGGAAGGCAAAGCUGGAGGUGGUUAAGUCGCUGGUGGCGGUGCUAUUGCCAGGGUGGAAGGGUGGAAGGGUUGGAUGCGGAGGCGGAGGAAUCAAAGAGAGGGAGAGUUGGGUAAACAGGGGUGUGCGGGGAGGGCAGCGGAGUGGCGUUCGGCGGGGUUGGGCUGAGAAGCAUAGCGGUGGUUGUGUGGUGUGGGCUGUUGAGAGUGGUCGGAGUUGUGCAGUGUGGGCUAUGGAGAGACGGCGGCGUUGGGGUGGUGGGGACGUGAAGGGUCGGUGUUGUUUGGAAAGAGAAAGCGGUGGUGUAGUUGGGGCGGAGGAGAUGGGUGUGGCGGUCUCUGAAUGUGUUUGGUAAUGGGGAAAAUGUUGGUUCUGCAGUGGCGACGACAACUGGUGGUGGUUAAGGGGUUGGAUGUCCGGAGGAGAAAGGGGGAGGCCUUGGCGCUGCCGCCGCUUCACUCUGGUGUUCCAGAAAUUUUUUAUUUCGUUAUCAGUUCUUCCGGGAAGCUGUAUUAAUUAAAAAAAAAAAGUUUAA